GAAGACGAAAUUUGGAGGGCAAAAAAUUGAACACUAUUUACAACCAAUUGACAAGUAAUACAUAAACACAUUAUACAGACCAAGUCACAAUGAGUGGUUACGACAGUGCAUUAUCUAUUUUCUCCCCAGAUGGACAUGUUUUCCAAGUUGAAUACGCCUCAGAGGCCGUGAAACGAGGUACUUGUGCCGUUGGGGUCAAGGGUAAAUCUACCGUGGUAUUGGGAUGCGAAAAGAGAACCACGCUUAAAUUACAGGACCCCCGAAUCACCCCUUCCAAGAUCUGUAAAGUUGACAAUCACAUCCUUUUGGCAUUUGCUGGGCUCAAUGCUGAUGCAAGAAUAUUAGUGGAUAAGGCGAGAGUCGAAGCCCAAUCAUAUAGAUUAACCUUGGAAGACGCUGUCUCCAUUGAAUACUUGACCAAGUACGUGGCUGGAGUUCAACAGAAAUAUACCCAAUCGGGUGGUGUUCGUCCCUUCGGGAUUGCCACUCUUAUUGCAGGGUUCGAUAAGAAUGAUACUGUGCCUAGAUUAUACCAAACUGAACCUUCAGGGGUAUAUAAUGCCUGGAAGGCCCAUGCUAUUGGUAGAUCAUCUAAAACUGUCAAGGAAUUCUUGGAAAAACAUUAUCAAGAAGAUUUGAGUGAAGAAGAAACUAUUAAAUUGACAGUUAAAUCAUUAUUGGAAGUGGUGCAAACUGGAGCCAAGAAUAUUGAAGUUUCAGUGUUGAGACCAGGCAAUGCCAUUCAAAAUUUAGAUGUUGAUGAGAUUAAGAAGUAUGUAGAUGAAAUUGAAGCUGAAAAGGAAGCUGAGGCUGAAAAGAAGAAGCCAAAGAAAGAUUAAACCUUACUUUAAUAUACAUGUUACAUAUUAUA